AGCAUCAUUUUGUGCCUUGGUUUUUGUUAUCAUGGGCACGCAGAAGAUGGCUAAAUACGUAGCGGCGAGGGGCCUCUUAUUGCUCUGUCUUCUGGUUUUCAUUGUCCCAGCCAAGGCCCUGAAGUGCCACUCCUGCUGGGGAUCUCUAAAGGAAUGCAAAUUAAAAGAAGUCACAUGUCCUGGGAGCAAUGACACAUGUGGAAGCGCCCUUAUGAUGGUGAAGUCUUUUCCUAUUAAAGAAGAUACGGUGAUGAAGGGCUGUGUCAGUUCCAAGACACCCCGCAGAAGCAUAUCUCUAUCACCUAGCGCAAUAGUCAAAAUGUCCCUUGAAGAGAAGACAUGUGACACGGAUCUUUGUAACGAAGAAACCAUCCAAGUGUCUGAGGCCAAAGAAAAUGACUUGAACUGCUACUCAUGUAUAUCAUCAGGAAAAGACUGUAACAGUGACAGUAUGAAUAACUUGAAAUGCCGUGGAAAACAGGACAAGUGUCUGGAUAUUUGGGUGCUUGGAAAUCUCAGUGACAUUACAAACGCCAACUUGAAAGGAUGUGGAGAGAUGAAUUGUUCUGACAGUAUGAUGUACACCAGUCGGCAGUCCUCCGUGUUUGUAAAGUGCUGCAAUGAGAAUUUCUGUAACAGCGAACUAGGGUUUAAACAGCCGGACCAAACGCCCAAUGGUUUAGAAUGCAUAAGCUGCAACACGAUUGACGGUGAAAGCUGUUCACCACCUAACAUCACAACGACCAAGUGCUACGGAUCCCUAACAUCUUGUUAUGAACUUGCAGGAAUCAACAUGGAAGGUGGUAAGUCAAAACCCGUUCUGCUCAAAGGCUGUGCUACCCCCAGCAUGUGUGACAGCUUACUCCUGCCAUUGUUAGCAAACCUGAGAGGCUCAAGAAUCCGAUGCUGCAAUGGAAGUAGUUGCAACAAUAACUUCACAAAGGACACUCUCCAAGCCAGCGGUUACUUUCCUGAAACAGGUAACCAAAAUGACCGUAAAAUUCAAGCUACCUAUAUCGGAAAAGACAGUGGUGUCAAAAAGCCCCUCAAAACAGGACAUGCUUUUAACAACCAUGGUUCUGGUGGCACCUAUGUAUCAACCCCAAAUUAUAAUAAUGAAAACAAUAACUAUAAUAUGGACGAUGAGAGGCUUAACACAUUUUCUGUGGUUGAUGUGCCCCCUGUUUCUCCCAAGGCUCCUGGUGGUAAACAAAAUGUCAAGGGUGGCUCUUGGAACAAUGAUAUCAAGGGUAGCGGUGCUAAUCCUACUUUUUCACUCUAUGAUGCUCUUAAUGGCUCAAAUCCUGGUUCUGUAGGCAACGCAAAUCCCUCCACUGUAAAAAUUCCAGACAGUCUUUAUGAUAACUUAGAUCAGGAGGACCAAAAUGUAACUGAUGACAAUGAUCUAUUUUCAGAAACUACAGAUGGGAAUGAUUUUGUAGUUGUUAGUGAAACUGAUAUAUUCUCUAUUAUUGAUAUUAUGCCAUUAGACGAUGAUAGCAAUCUCACUACAACCUCCCAAGGGUCAACCAAACUUCUUGGUUCUUUGUACAAUAAUAGCUACGUCAGUGGGACUAAUGCCAGUUCUCCUCUUUCUGAUGGCCUAAACAGCGCACCUUCAGAUUACCAAAAUGAAACUGAUGACAAUGAUCUAUAUUCAGAAACUACAGAUGGGAAUGAUUUUGUAGCUGUUAGUGAAACUGAUAUAUUCUCUAUUAUUGAUAUUAUGACAUUAGACGAUGAUAGCAAUCUCACUACAACCUCCCAAGGGCCAACCAAACUUCUUGGUUCUUUGGACAAUAAUAGCUACGUCAGUGGGACUAAUGCCAGUUCUCCUCUUUCUGAUGGCCUAAACAGUGCACCUUCAGGCUCUUUAAGCAACCAGAAUUUAUCCAAUGCAAAAACUCCAAGCACUGUUAAUAAUAGCUUAAGUCAACAGAAUGAAAAUUCAGCUGAUUACAAUGAUCUAGAUUCAGCUGAUCAGGAAACUACAGAUGGGAAUGUUUCCGUCGAUGCUAUUGAAAGUGAAACAUUCUAUAAUAUUGAAAUUUUCUCUUUAGAAGAUGAUGACAAUGUCAAUACAACCUCCCAAGAGCCAACAAGUCUUGAAGGCUCUUGGGACAGUGAUUAUGCAUCCGAAUCUUCGUAUGGGCUUAACAGUAACUCAUCCAAUUCAAAUUCAGCCACAGGGCAAGACUAUGAUUAUUUUUCUCAACAGGACCAAACUUCAAUUUAUGAUAGUAAUCUUUAUUCAGGUGGUGAGACAUUUACAAAUAAUUCUAGCACUGAUAAUUACACCAUGCACAGUGCUGGUAACUACCCUGCAGGAGUCAACAGCAAUCUCAGUACAACACCACAAGGGCAAAAACCAGGUGGCAAUACAACUUUGUUGUCAAGCAAUACCACUAACAGUAACAUUAGUAGCGUUCAACACAUACCCAACUUCUCAUCUGGCGAAUACGGAGCCAGCGGGGCACAUGGAAACAUCCCUAACAAAACUACACCAAGUCAAUAUAAUUGUUCUAGUUUUACAGGAGGGAUUUGUCCGAGUGUUAAUAAAACCCAGAGUCAGGGUCAUUCUAAUGGGUCUAUUUCUGCUGUGACAACAAAUAACUUUGUUUCUCAUGGCCAAGGAGUCAGCAGCCAUUCAGGAGUGGGUAACAAUGCUUCUAACUCAAAUUUAGCUUCAUCAGUUCCAAGACCCGGGUCUGGCAACAUCACCAUGACCACUAGCAGUGCUUAUGUUGGUAAUAGUAAUAAUGUUCAUAAGUCCCCUGUAACAUCACAGAUCCAACAAAAUUCUCAUGCCGUAUUCCAAAGCUCAGGAUAUACCACUAAUGUUCAUAACAUGAGUUCUGCUUUACCAGGUAACGUGAAUGGUCAUGGAAAUUCUACCUCUUCAACAGGAGACCAUGCUGGAGAAAACAGAGCCAAUUCAAGCAAUGUCUUGGUAGGGUCCUCCCCACCAGGAUGGCAUGGAAAUACCAACAACUCCCAUUCUAUGCCAAAAGAUAAUGGGUAUGGCUAUGGGAAUGGAAGCGGGUCUGGCAAUUCCAGCAUGGAAAAUGGACUUUACUAUGGUAAUGGCACCAAUCGUAGUAACUCUACGACCCACAGCAAUGGACUCAUUUCAAAUUCAAUGCCAUCUGCAGUACAUAAUAAUGGAUCUAGUAAUGGGACCAAUUCAAGCAGUAGUAAUCUAAGUAUGACUUCUGCAGGAGGAAGCUAUAAUGGGUCUUCCAGUAGCAACCACAGCACUCUUGGUGCAAAUCAGAAUGGCUCAUUUGUUGGAACCAGCAGUGGCUCAAAACCAGUGUCUACAGAUAAUGUUCAUAGCUACAGCAAUGGCAGUACCUGGAGCAAUUCCAGUGUUCAUAACCCACAUAUGCUGUCCCCUGGAGGCUAUAAUGGAUCCUAUGGUAACAACAGCAAUUUCAAUAAUAGUGGGCAUAGCUAUGUUGGUUCCAGUAAUCCUAACAGUACUAGUGGAGGUGGGAAUUUCAAUCAUUCUAACCCAAAACCAAACUCAGAAAAUGGGCUUUACCUCGGUAAUGGCACCACUCGUAGUAAUUCAUCGACCCACAAUGGCUCAGAUCCAACGUCUACAGGUAAUGUUCAUAGCAAUAGUAGUAAUUCAAGUAGUCAUAACCCACAUAACAUGCCCCCUGGAGGAUAUUACAAUAACAGCACUCUCAAUGCCAGUAAUCCUAACAUUACCACCGGAGGUGGCUAUUUUCAUAAUUCAAACAUGAUGCCCCCAGAGGGAAAUAAUUUUGGCAUUCAUGGCACAGAUGGAAAUAGUAGUUCAUACUGGAACUAUGACCCUAAUAUGUUGCCACCAGUAAUGAAUGGGCCACCAGAGGGAUAUUUUCCUGGAAACAGUUAUGACAGUAAUUACAGCAUUUAUGGCGCAGAGGGAACUAGCAAUGGCAAUAUUUUCAUGCCGCCGGGAGGAAUUGGUCACGGAGAGUCAAAUGGUAAUCAAAACGAUAAAAAUAGUUCAUACUGGAACAGUUACCCUAACAUGCCACCACCAGCAAUACCAGGUCACUAUAGCAAUGUGGGAAGCAACAUCCCUUAUCAUCUGCUACCAGGACUAAAUGGGUCCACUACUGACAACUACAACAAUCUAAUUAAUAUGUUGUCCAAUGCCACUGGUUUAAACUCAACAGUACUCUCUCAAAGAUUGAAAGGAGUAGAUCUGAAUAAACCUGGCAAUUUGGCUGCUGUAUUAUCUAGUAUCCCUGGUUUUGACCCUAACCGAUUGUCCCCUGCACUGAAAACAGCAAUUUUCAGCUACAAUAACAAUGUGAGCCAUACAUUUUAUAAUACCACUGGGUAUAACAACAACAUGCAUCCUUCAAACUGGAAUAUCUCAAAUUUAGCCAACAACAGCUAUUUUCUUAAUGUUCUGUCCAAUAUGACUAAUGUUAGCAUAGCUGUCCUCUCCCAAAAAUUGAAUGAGGUAAAUAAAGGCAACCAGCACAAUCUCACUGCUCUGUUACUUAGUUUACCUGACUUUGAUCGUUAUAGGUUACCCCCUGAAUUCAGAAAAGAAAUUUUUGGCAUGGAUACCAAUCUAAAUAAUACCAAUACUGAUGGGUUUAAUCACAACAUGGUGCCUCCAGGCUCAGGUUUUGGCAACAACAGCAAUUCUGGUAAUUUUGGGAAUAAUGGCACCUCUAACGUAAACACAUCUCUUUCUGGAAAAGAUACUGAUAUAACUUACAAUGGUGCUUCCUCUUUGAGAAGCAAAGCCGGAGUCUUGGCCAUUGUCUUCACAAUUACAUUGCUGUAUGUAACUGAACUAAAGUGAUGGACAGUAAAGAUACAUUUAGGAGUAGUUUGUUAAGUUAUUAUGUCUUGGUAAUGUAAUUUGUAUGUAUGUUGGAAGCCAUGUCUGUUUGUGUUGACUAUAAAUGAAUGCUAUCUGAAAAAUGCCCAACACAGUCGUCACAAUUCAGAUCCCAACCUGUAAUAAAAAUGAGAACACUGUAGUAUAUGUAAAAAAAUUAAAAAUUCCCUUACCCUUUUCUACUAACUAGGUUUAGUAUAUUAUACAUUUUGAAAUGUAAAGUUUAUGUCUUGUAGAACUUGUACACAGAAGUUAUUUUUUUACGCUUUCCGAAAACAUAUAAUGAUAUAUACAAUAUAUAUAAUUGCAGUUGGCUUUUGAAAUAAAAUAUGUAUGUAUACCACUUA